GGCAAUGUGUGUUACCAUGCUGGUAGCACGUUAUCUUAUGCUAUCCGUUUUCUUUAUCGUCAUUUAAACUUGCUAAUUUAGCACUUUGCUGAGUGAUUGGUGCUUGGGCAGACUGCAAGCAAUUUUGACUCGAGCGACGAUCUUGUAUGUCAGUCGCAUGUAAUGACAUACUGCAGUCUUUUCAAAACUGGUGAACAUUUUUCGUUCUAGAUGUGCUCUAAUUUAAUCAGUAAAACAGUUUUCAAUGGCAUCUGCAUCUUUCAGUUAUCCAUUAGAAACUAUUCGCUGACAAUACCAUGUUCUUCAAAGCAAAGAGAAGUGCGGUUUAUGGGCAAACUUCUUGGGGUUGCAAAACCUAAAAGAAAGUUCCAGAUAUUUAAUAAUACGAGAAUUACGAAUCCCAUUGAAGUGGUAGGUCACAGAGCUCCGAAAAUGGCCAAUAAAAGGAGGCAGGCAGUUCUAAACACACUUUUCAUGAAAAAUAUUACAGAUAUUAUGGUCACCCGUAGUUUAGGAAUCGACAUUAUAGAACAAGGAAUAGAAAUCACUAGGGUGGCAGUCAGUGCUGACUAUACUUUUCUUAAUGCAUAUUAUAUGAUAAAGAAUGAAAUUCCUGAUUUAGAAAACACACUUCUCCAAUUAAGUUUCUCUUUAAGACACGAGUUAUCACAAUUAAAAUUGAUGGGAAACAUUCCAAGGAUUAAGUUCAUCAGAGAUAAAGAUAACAAGAACGUAACUGUUGAUUAUUUAUUAGCCAAAGCUGACAUGGGAGUUGAAGAUGACCUGCUUGUUAAAGAAAUGAAGGACGAAUUUGAAGAAACUUUACCCCCAAUGGAAAACACAAUUUAUGGAUUGAAUCAUUCUAAGAUAAUGGAAAAGAUAAAAUUUUAUCAGAAAAAGGCGUCUGCACAUCAUCGAAAGGUGCCACAAGAGGUUGACAAAGAGAAUGAUAAUUCUACAUCAUUGCCAUUAAAAGAAAUAUCAAAUGUACAAUUAGAUAGCAAAUCACUAAUUUAUAACUACAUUUCGUCCAAGAAAAAUAAAUCUUAAAUGUACCGUUUUACA